AUGCAUAACAAAGAUGGCCGUAGUAACAGUAGCAGUUGCUAUCUCGGUUGGCACAAAGUGGCCCGAGCAGACAAACCAACAGACAACCUGAUGCCUCCGCUGCCGGACAGUAAAGCUCAAUUCGUCUCCGUCCGAUCCGCCUCGGUACAUUACUCGGCAUUCGGGCCUAUCGUUAAGGCCUGGCGACCGCAGAGUAAACAGUGCCGUAGGAACAGGCAGAUGACGUACCUUCGCUGCCUUGGACACGUGAACAGUGGCAUAAACAAGUGGGUCAAGUGUUCAACUCGGCUCGGUUACUAUCCCAAAUCCCGUCACUCGGUUUCCCUUGAAAUAGUCGAGUCAGAGUGA